UGGAAGAGUUUAUUUGGAAGAUAGGCGGAGACGGAAUAGGUUCGAAUAAAGAAACGAUACGGAAGAUGUGGCGCAUGCGCUCGUGUCAAUUCUUUGGCCAUGGAUGAUUUUCGUGUCAAACUGGCAGGAGUGACAGCAGAAGUUAUGCUGUUGCUUCUUUCUGAUGACGAAAUGAGAUUUUUUUCGUCUGGAGAGGUUGAAGAAGUUGUGGCCCCCUUAUUGGGUGAAGAGCGCGUAGCCAGAACUCGCAUACUUGGGUAUGUUGAAAGGGUUGUCUGGUCAUACGACGACUACACGUUUAGAAGGCAUUUUAGAAUGACAAAGCUGACGUUUAACAUUGUGUUGCAAGUUAUUCAGAGGUAUAUGGGAAGGGAGGAUGAUAGCAGGCCUGGUCGACCAUCUGUUUCAACAGAUAAGCAGUUGUUGUUAACUUUGUGGUAUCUUGCUAACCAAGAAACCAUACGAAGCAUUGGGGACAGAUUUGGUGUGUGUGAUGCAACUGUCCAUCGUACUGUUCGAAGAAUGAUGACUGUUGUCAAGGAAGCCAUCAUGGGUGAGGUGGUGGUCUGGCCAACUGGUGACCGAGCUAAAGCAGCCAUUGAGGGUUUUAGGGCACGUUGCGGAGUGAAAAAUGUGAUUGGAGCUAUAGACGGGUCUCACAUUGCAAUCAAAGCACCCAGCCAACAUCAAACGGACUAUAUUAACAGAAAAGGCUUCCAUUCAAUUGUGUUGCAAGCUGUUUGUGAUAAUCGAAUGUUAUUCACCGAUUGUUUUGUGGGAUGGCCAGGCAGCGUCCACGACUCCAGAGUCUACCGAAACUCACCCUUAUUUCAGGCAGCAGAAUCAAGAUAUUCCAACAUUUUCCCAAUGGAUAGCUUUUUGGUCGGAGACGCAGCUUACCCAUUGUCUAAAUGGACUUUAACCCCAUUUAGGGACACUGGCAAUCUUAGUGAAAAGGUGAAGUAUUACAACUUUGCCCAGUCUUCAACACGAAUUGUGAUCGAACAAGCAUUUGCUGCUCUAAAGGGUCGGUUUAGGCGACUGAAAUACAUUGACAUGGAUUCCACCUCUGUUAUAUCAGAUGUAGUGCUGACUGCAUGUACAUUCCACAAUGUCUGUAUCCUUGGAGAAGACAACUUGGAGGACUUCAUAGAGGACAUUGAAGAUGGUAGGCAAAUACAUGAUGCAGACAAUUAUGCAAGAGUUCAAAUUGACACUGAAGGAAAACGAAAGAGACAGACAAUAGCAGAUGAACUCUGGGCCAACAUGUAGAGGCCAAUACACUGUACCCUGCUGUGACACAGGCAACUAGCUAGCA